UUUACGAAAUUUAAAAUGAAUAUAAGUGUAGUAAAUAAAUGUCAAGAACAUAUAAAUGAUAUUAAAAAAUUAAAUUUUAAACUUGAAAAUAUAUUAUCAACGUUACAAUAUAAUUAUGAAAAUCUAUCACCAAAUUUAAGAGAUAGUUUAAAAGAUAUUAUCAAUAUUUUAUCAGUAUUAGACAUAGGAUAUCCAUCAAAAAACUUGCUUUUUGCUCAAAUAAGUAACAUGAUUCUGCAAUACCAUGCCAUCAAUAGAGAAAAAUGUGAAAAUGAAUUUUUGGAAGAUAUAUGCACAUAUUUAACAUCAAAAAUGCCCAAUGAAUUAAAUAAAAAUAAUCAUUCUUUAAGUAAUGAAAAUAAAGAAAAAAUUGAUUUUUUUAAGAUGGAUUUUAAUAAAUCUAAAAAUAUUUGGAAAUCAAUUCAAGAGGAACUUGAAACAUUAGGCUAUGUUAAAACUUUGCCUAUUAAAUUUCAGAAUUUAUUAACCUUUAUAGAGGAUUAUAAUUCUAUUGAUAAUGGUAUUAACAAAAUUGAAUUGAAGAUAAAGGCCUACAAUGAAUUACCAUUAACUGAAGAUUUAUUAAAACUGAAAAUUCAAGAAGCAAAAAAUGAGUUGUAUAUAUUAGAAAAUUAUUAAUAAUAUUUAAAUAAUUAUUCCUUUAACCAUAUAAAACGUUUAUUUGUUAAAUCAUUUUAUUUAUAAACUCAUAAUUUCUGAGUUCUUUUUUUAGGAGUACUAAAUAUUUGGAUGAGUAUUAUAAAAUUAAAAUCAAUAGAUGUCACUUAUUACUUCUA